AACUCUUAAAACCGGGCUGUUCCGGCCUUCGGGGUGGGGUGGAGUCAAGGUGGAGCCACAGGUUGUGUGGAUGGCAUGAGCAGCUCACCAAGGGCGGUGUGAGAAGUGGGCACCAUGUCUGAGGGAGCGUACCAACGCCUCUGGGACACCUCCCACGUGGCCCUGCAGGAGCUGCUGGACCAAGAGCAGCCCCUGCUCCAGCCCGUGCCGGACCGGGAACGGCAGUCGUUCCAGUACAGGCUCUCGUCGCUCUACCUGCACUACCUGGGGCUGCUGCGCCGGUUCGACACCCUCCAUGACCAGAUGGUGCAGCCGCAGAAGCGGCGGCUGCUGCGGCGCCUGCUGGACAGCGUGGCCGGCCGCGUGCUGGAGCUCAAGGACGACCUGGUGCGCGCGGACCUGAGCGAAUACCACCGCCUGGACCGCGUGCUGCACGACCUGAAGUUCACCACGGCAGACCUGGAGGUUCCAAUCCCCAGAUACUUCCUGCUGGAGCAGUCCAGCAUUCUGAAGGAGCGGGAGCUGAUGCUGGCAGAGAUCCUGUCGAGAAUGGAGCCAGUGACCUCCAGGGAGCGUUUUCCAGAACUGCGCCGGACCGAGGCCAUAAUCCUUCUGCAAAGGGCUGAGCGGGCCAGGCAAGGCAGGCUCCGAGCCAUCUUCAUGCGAGAAAUUCGGAAAGAGGAGGAGUGGGAUCGGAAGAUUCGAGAGGAAGGUUGGCACAAGUUCAGUCAGGACCAAGCUGCUGUCACCAUUCAGAAGGUGUGGAAGGGUUACCUGCAGAGGAAACGCACUCAGCAGGACCGGCGAACUGAGAUGGAGUUCAUCGGCAUGCUCCCUUCGCCUAACAAGGUGGAAAGCUUGGGUAUCAUGUUCCAAGCUGGCCUCAGGGACGAUGUCCGGAGGCUCUGCCAGAUAGAGAAGGAGGAGGAGCUCCAGCUGGCGAUGGUGAAGACUCAUGAUUCUCUCAGAGAGACAGAGGGACCUGACAUAAAGGAGAAACUGAAGGAGCAAAUCCGACAGUGGUUUAUUGAGUGCCGUGCCCUUACUGGUCGAUUCCCUGAUUAUCCAGAUGAGUCUUUAGGUGGAUCCUACCUGAUCUUUGCAGACAAGACUCCAGAACAGCUGAAAGUGGAACUGGAGGCACAGGUCCAGGAGAGCAAAAAAAAGGACCAAGAGAAAAAUAAGGAAAAAGAAAAGGAGAAAAAAGAGAGGAAGAAGAAAGGGAAGGAAACAAAAACCAGGAAGGGGGAAGCAGACCCAAUACUGAAAGUCUCACCAUCCAAAUUUAUACCUGUGAUUAAUGCCGCACACGAGGAGUAUAUAACUGUCUGGAGGAGCCGGCAUGAGAGCGUACACCCCAAUCAGAGUUUUGACCCCGAGAUGCUCCGGGUGGAGAAGAGGAAGGAAGUGGAGCAGGAGAUCCGGAUACAGGUGGAUGAGUUGAUGCGUCAAGAGUUGAAGAACCUGCGCCUGGCUGUGGACAGGGAGGAGGAGAGAGCCUUGAAGGCUCCGAAGAAAAAGACCGGGAAGAAAACUGGGAAGAAGAAGGAAAAAGAUCUGACCCCAAACAGGACCCUGGACUCUCUGUUUGAAGAACUUGUGGUCUCUGGCUUCCUAAGGAAGAGUCAGACUGUGGCCUUGAAAGACUACAUUGGGGACUACCUCUAUCUUGGAUCCAUGCUGAGUUUGGCAAACAAGUUGCCUAUGCCUUCCCUGUUUGACAUACGACAGAACGUGGCCUUGUACGCGGUCCUUCGGCUUGGCUCCCCAGAUAUACACUCCAUGGCUCCCCUCAUCCGUUCCAUCCUCCUGGUGGGCCCCUCUGGCACGGGGAAGAAGAUGUUGGUCAAGGCCGUGUGCACAGAAACCGGUGCCAACCUGUUUGACCUGUCACCUGACAACCUGCAGGGCAAAUAUCCUGGCAAGACCGGGGCGCAGAUGAUAGUGCAUAUGGUCUUUAAGGUGGCUCAACUCUUACAGCCCUCUGUUAUCUGGAUCGGCAAUGCCGAGAAGAACUUCUAUAAGAAGGUCCCAAAAGAAGAGAAGGAGAUGGAACCCAAGCGAAUAAAGAAGGAUCUCGCCAAGGCCCUGCGACUGCUGCACCCGGGAGACCGUGUGAUGCUGAUCGGGACCACCAACCAGCCGCAGCUGGCGGAGAUGCAGGGGCUGUGCCGGACCUACGAACGGAUCCUCCUCGUGCCGCGGCCCGAUUAUGCUUCUCGCUACGUGCUCUGGAGGCAGAUGAUAGAGGCCCACAGAGUCCACGUGACCCAGGGCCUGGACAUCAGUGCCCUGGCCAAAGUAUCUGACGGGUACACACCCGGCCACAUUCACCAAGCCGUCCAAUCAGUGCUGACCGAGCGGCGGGUCCUACAGUUGUCAAAGAGGCCCCUGGUGGCCUCGGAGUUCCUGGGGCAUCUGGCGAAGCUGGAGCCGGUGUACCGGGAAGAGGAGGAGUCCCUGAAGGAUUGGUACUUCAAGACCCCACUGGGCAAGAAGAGGCUAAAACUCAGCAAGGACCAGGAUGCUGAGGAGGCCAAGCUGGCAAAGGAGAAGAAAAGGAAAUGAUGGCUGAGGCCAGGGCGCCCGGGCUUAGCAAGGGGGACUGGGCGGUGCCCGCAGGUGGAGGGCCGGGGGCAGAGACAUAAACGCCCACACGGCUUGGGGAGCAGCUCUCUCUGUCCAUCUCCAUGCUUCCCGCCCCUGCUCUGUGCCCCCUGCCUGUGCCCAGGCUCCCCCUCACGCCGCACCCCUCCUGGUCCUCAGUCCUCGCCCACUCAUAGCCUUCUCUGCUCGUGUCCCAGGUCCUUGUCCUCUGACCCCACCCAGGCCUUCAUCUCCUGUCAUUUCCUGUCCUGGCUCCCCAGCUCUCUUCCUCCUGGGGGGGGGGGUUGUUAAGAGAGAACAAUAGGAAAAGAAAAACAGCCAGGAGAAAGGGGGGUCUCCAGUAAGUCUGGAAAAAGAAAAAACCAAGUGUGGCUGUCGGCAGCCCCUGGUCCUCGCCUCACUCGGUACUAAGUCUCUGUGUGAUCUUACACAGCCCCCUCCGGUCUCUGGGCCUCAGUUUCCUUACGUGUAAAGCGAGGAGAGGUUGGACCAGCCACCCUCCGAGGUCCCCGGUGCUCUAGGGUUUGAUUAUUCUGCAAAAGUGUGUCGGGGGUGGUGAGGACUCUUAGGCAGCAGUGGGGUGGGGCGGAGGAAGGUUCUAGGGAGAAAAGGUGUAGUAGGCGCUGGCUCUGGGGAAAUGUGUGGUCCCCACAUCUUUCUGAAACGCCCCCUGCCCACCUGCCCGAGCUCUUCCUCUGACCCAGAGCCUGUCCCUCAGGGGGCCGGUGGGACCAGAGGAUGGGACCCAGGGCCGCGCGCCCCUGGAUGAAAGUUCAUCUGUGGGUCCCCUUGCUGGGGAGGGAAGAGUUGGGGGCACUGAGGGCUGAGAGCCCCGGUCUCUCAGAGGAAGCAGCAUAGAGAGCGUGUCAGUUUGGCACGCCUGGGUGGCUCGGUCGGUUAAGCGUCCAACUUCGGGUCGGGUCAUGAUCUCGUGGUUCGUGGGUUCAAGCCCCGCAUCGGGCUCUGUGCUGACGGCUCAGAGCGUGGAGCCCGCUUCGGAGUCUGUGUCUCCCUCUCUCUCUCUCUCUGCCCCUCCCCUGCUCAGGCUGUGUCUCUCUGUGUCUCAAAAAUUAAAAAAAUUAAAAAAAAAAAAAAAGAGUGUGUGAAUAGAAGUCAAGGUAUAUUCUGCCGCUCAUGGAGGCCAAUGAGAGCCAGACGAGAUGAGACCCGAGGAGCAAGCCCAGGGCAGGCGGUGGGGCUGCCCGGGGAUGGGUUUCGAGUUCUCUUUCUCCCUGGUUUCCUUCUUAUCUCUCCAAAUGAAAGUAGUCUUGUUAUCCUGAGACCCAUUUCCUCCUUCUCACCCCCCCCCGCCCCCCCCCCCCACUGAGGCCCCUCUAACCUUGGCAGGCAGACAUGGGAGAUCCAGGAGACAUCCAGGGAGAUGGAAGGGUCAGACCUGGGGUGGCCAGAGGGGGGCAGCACCUAGCGUGGACACUGGGAGUUUCUGUUGCUGCCUGUGGACCGAGCCUCUAUCCUCCAGGCGGUAUCCUCCAGGCGGAAGUCUGUCUUCUACUUUUUUUUGAAAAUUUUUUAAUGUUUUUAUUCAUUUUUUUUGAGGCAGAGAGAGACAGCAUGAGCAGGGGAGGGGCAGAGAGACAGGGAGACACAGAAUCCGAAGCAGGUUCUGAGCUGUCAGCACAGAGCCCGACGCGGGGCUCGAACUCACAAACCGCAAGAUCGUGCCCUGAGUCGAAGUCAGACGCUUAACCGACUGAGCCACCCAGGCGCCCCAGGUCUGUCUUCUAGAGAGCCCCUAGAAGGAGUGCCUCGUGGAGUAGGGCGCUCUCUGCCAUGUGUCACUACCGUGGACUCUUUCCUUGGUUUGGGGGGGAAGGGUGUGCGGGGCUAAUUGGUGACAUUUGGGAGGGCAGGAAGAAUUUCCUGGCACCCACAUGCCCUCCCUCUGGGAUCAGAGCCCAGGCC